CUCCAAGGAGACUGCAAGUAGUUGUUCACUAUGGAUUUCUGCAAAGAAAAAAUGAGAUGGACCUUGUAUCUUGAUCAGUCCCAGAAAUCUUGGAUAGAAAAUACUUUCACCAAGCGGGAAUGUGUGUACAUUAUACCAAGUUCAAAGGAUCCUCACAGAUGCCUCCCAGGAUGUCAGAUUUGUCAGCAACUUGUCAGGUGCUGCUGUGGGCGCUUGGUCCGGCAACAUGCCUGCUUUACUGCAAGUCUUGCCAUGAAAUACUCGGAUGUGAAAUUGGGUGAAAAUGUUAAUCAGGAGAUCGAAGAAUGGUCAGUAGAAAAACAUACCGAGCAGAGUUCAACGGAUGCUUUUGGUGUCAUUAACUUUCAAGGAGGCUCUCAUUCCUACCGAGCAAAGUAUGUGCGGCUGUCGUAUGACACCAAACCUGAAGCCAUCCUCCAGCUUAUGUUGAAAGAGUGGCAGAUGGAACUGCCCAAACUUGUCAUUUCUGUCCACGGAGGUAUGCAGAAAUUUGAGCUUCACCCACGCAUCAAACAGUUGCUUGGUAAAGGGCUUAUUAAAGCUGCAGUGACAACCGGAGCCUGGAUUAUAACUGGAGGAGUGAAUACAGGAGUUGCAAAACAUGUUGGUGAUGCUCUGAAGGAACAUGCCUCUCGAUCAUCUCGAAAAAUUUGCACUAUUGGAAUAGCUCCUUGGGGAGUAAUUGAAAACAGAAAUGAUCUCGUUGGGAGAGAUGUUGUUGCUCCAUAUCAAACCCUCCUAAAUCCUUUAAGCAAACUAAACGUCCUAAAUAAUCUUCAUUCCCAUUUCAUACUGGUGGAUGAUGGCACUGUUGGAAAGUAUGGAGCAGAAGAAAAGCUACGGAGAGAACUGGAAAAAACCAUCAGCCUCCAGAGGAUCCAUGCAAGAAUUGGCCAGGGUGUCCCGGUAGUGGCCCUCAUAUUUGAAGGCGGUCCCAAUGUGAUCCUCACAGUGUUAGAAUACCUUCAGGAAAGUCCUCCUGUGCCAGUGGUGGUCUGUGAGGGGACUGGCCGAGCUGCGGACAUCCUAGCUUAUGUCUAUAAGCAAACAGAAGAGGGAGGAAAUAUCCCUGAUGGAGCAGAACCUGAAAUCAUUUCAACUAUCAAAAAGACAUUUAAUUUUGGUCAGAGUGAGGCAGUCCAUUUGUUCCAGACGUUGCUGGAGUGUAUGAAAAAAAGAGAACUCAUCACUGUGUUCCACGUUGGGUCUGAUGAGCAUCAAGAUAUUGAUGUUGCAAUCCUUACAGCACUAUUAAAAGGUACCAAUGCUUCUGCAUUUGACCAGCUGGUCCUUACACUCGCAUGGGAUAGAGUUGACAUUGCCAAAAAUCAUGUUUUUGUUUAUGGACAACAGUGGCUGGUUGGAUCCCUGGAACAGGCUAUGUUAGAUGCCCUUGUGAUGGACAGAGUUGCCUUUGUGAAACUUCUUAUUGAACAUGGAGUAAGCAUGCACAAAUUUCUUACAAUUCCCAGACUGGAAGAACUUUACAACACUAAACAAGGCCCAACGAACCCAGCGCUGUUUCAUCUUGUUCGCGAUGUUAAACAGGGAAACCUUCCUCCAGGAUAUAAACUCACUUUGAUUGAUGUGGGACUUGUGGUUGAAUAUUUGAUGGGAGGAACCUACCGGUGCAUGUACACACGGAAGCGCUUCAGAGUGAUCUACAACAGCCUCAGUGGCAGCAAUCGGCGGUCUGGGCGAAAUACUUCAAGUAGCACUCCUCAACUGCGUAAAACCCACGAGCCUUUUGGUAGCAGGGUGGAUAAAAAGGAGAAAAUGCGACAUAAUCACUUCAUCAAAACUGCACAGCCUUACAAACCAAAGGCCGAUACCAUUACAGAAGAAGGAAAAAAGAAGAAAACCAAAGAUGACAUAGUAGAUAUUGACGAUCCAGAAACAAGACGCUUUCCUUAUCCUCUUAAUGAGUUGUUGCUUUGGGCUGUGCUAAUGAAGAGGCAAAAAAUGGCCCUCUUCUUCUGGCAGCAUGGCGAAGAGUCCAUGGCGAAAGCCUUAGUGGCGUGCAAGCUGUACCGUUCCAUGGCCUAUGAAGCAAAACAAAGUGACCUUGUUGACGAUACCUCGGAGGAACUGAAACAGUAUUCCAAUGAAUUUGGGCAGCUGGCAGUUGAGUUACUAGAACAGUCGUUCCGACAAGAUGAAACCAUGGCUAUGAAGUUGCUAACCUAUGAGCUGAAAAACUGGAGUAAUGCCACCUGCCUUAAACUAGCAGUAUCUUCACGGCUUCGCCUUUUUGUAGCUCAUACUUGUACACAGAUGUUGCUCUCCGAUAUGUGGAUGGGAAGGCUGAACAUGAGGAAGAAUUCCUGGUACAAGGUGAUACUGAGCAUCUUGCUUCCUCCGACCAUACUAAUGUUGGAAUACAAAACCAAGGCAGAAAUGUCCCAUAUUCCACAGUCUCAAGAUGCACACCAGAUGACCAUGGAAGACAGUGAAAACAACUUCCAGACAAUUGCAGAAGAGAUACCAAUGGAAGUAUUUAAAGAAGUGAGAGUCUUAGACAGUUCUGAUGGGAAACAUGACAUGGAGACAAUAAUAAAACCCAAGAGGCUUCCAAUUACCCGAAAAUUGUAUGCCUUCUAUCAUGCACCCAUAGUGAAAUUCUGGUUUAACACGUUGGCCUACUUAGGAUUUCUGAUGCUUUAUACAUUUGUGGUUCUUGUGAAAAUGGAACAGCUGCCUUCUGUUCAAGAAUGGAUUGUCAUUUCAUACAUUUUCACUUUGGCUAUUGAGAAGAUCCGUGAGAUCUUUAUGUCAGAGGCUGGGAAGGUUAGCCAGAAGAUUAAGGUGUGGUUCAGUGAUUACUUCAACGUCAGUGAUACAAUAGCCAUUGUCACUUUUUUCAUUGGUUUUGUGCUAAGAUUUGGAGCAAAAGGGAACUUUGAUGAAACUACUUACACAACAAAUUAUGUUUUUGUUGCUGGAAGACUCACUUACUGCCUGAAUAUAAUCUUUUGGUAUGUGAGAUUACUGGAUUUUCUGGCUGUAAACCAACAGGCUGGCCCUUACGUCAUGAUGAUCGGGAAAAUGGUAGCCAACAUGUUUUACAUUGUAGUGAUUAUGGCCCUCGUCCUGCUCAGUUUUGGAGUCCCCAGGAAGGCAAUACUUUAUCCGAAUGAAGAACCGUCUUGGGUUCUUGCAAGAGAUAUCGUGUUUCAACCCUACUGGAUGAUCUUUGGUGAAGUUUACGCCUAUGAAAUUGAUGCGUGUGAAAAGAAUAGUACAGUUCCCGAGCUCUGUGUGACAGGAUCAUGGCUGACACCGUUCCUUCAAGCAGUCUACCUCUUUGUACAGUACAUUAUUAUGGUCAAUCUUCUCAUUGCCUUUUUCAACAAUGUGUAUUUACAAGUGAAAGCAAUUUCCAACAUUGUAUGGAAGUAUCAGCGCUAUCAUUUCAUAAUGGCAUAUCACGAGAAGCCUGUCUUGCCUCCACCUCUUAUCAUUCUUAGCCAUUUGGCUUCCCUGUUCUGUUGCAUAUGCAAGCGAAGGAAGAAAGACAAAGCUUCAGAUGGACCAAAAUUGUUUCUAACGGAAGAAGAUCAAAAGAAACUUCAUGAUUUUGAGGAGUUGUGCGUUGAAAUGUAUUUCAGUGAAAAAGAUGACAAAUUCCAUUCUGGGAGUGAAGAGAGAAUCAGAGUUACUUCUGAACGCGUUGAACAGAUGUGCAUCCAAAUCAAGGAGGUCGGCGACCGAGUCAACUACAUCAAACGCUCCUUGCACUCUCUAGACACGCAAAUUGGCCACUUGCAGGACCUCUCAGCUCUUACAGUGGAUACGCUGAAAACCUUAACGGCACAGAAAGCUUCCGAAGCCAGCAAGGUCCAUAAUGAAAUCACGCGGGAACUGAGUAUUUCCAAGCAUUUGACACAGAACCUCAUUGAAGAUGGGCCGUUGAGGUCUUCCAUGUGGAGAAAGCACAGUAUUGGCAAUGUCUUUGGUUCUUCUUUUCCCCAAGGAGGCCUCGAGAGUAAUAACACUUUACUGUGCCACAUUUCUAUGCAAGAUGAAAGAGAUGCUGGACAGAAGAUGUCUGGUCUCCCCAAGAGGGAUGAGUUCAACUUUCCAGAGGCAGGUUCCUCAGGCAGUGCCUUAGUUCCAAGAGCUCUUUCUCCCCCAGAACUUCGUCACAGAGUACAGGGUAUAGACCUCUCAAAAUGCAGUAAUAAAACUAAAAAGGCAGACAGUUCUUCAAACAGUAUGCCACACCUCACAUCCCCAACAGCCAAGUUUUUUGUUAGCACACCUUCUCGGCCCAGUGGCAAAAGCCAAUUAGAAACUGCCACAAAGGAUGGGGAAGUUGUAGUAGACCUGAAGGCCGCUGAAGGCGAGAAUGCUGUCGAAUUCGGGGCAUUUGUGGGUAAGUACAACGGCCAAAAUUGUGAAUGUCCUAAAGGUGCUGUGGGUUGCUGCGAUUCCUCUGCUCCUGGUUAUGUGUGCCUUUCUGCCAUCUCCCAACCUUGUGUUGGCACUGGAGGAUACGUUAACUGUGGCUUUGUCCAUGACGAAAGUGGCGCUAAUGUUGAUGGCAACGCGGACAAAUGGAAUCACCAGUCGCUUUCCAGCCUGUCAAGGACUGGUGUGAAAAAUAAGUUCCAGUUGUCCUUUACUAAUGCGGUCAGAAGAAACACCGGAAACUCCCUGAAUGGGACACUGAGAAUUCAAGGACUCCCUAGCAGCGUGCCAGAAAUGUCGCGAAAGAGUCAAGAUUUAAGUUCCCACGUCAUUGCACAACUCCCGCAACUCUGGAUCGAGUUUAAAUUGCAAGGUCACAGAGACAGCAUGGAGUUGCAGCGAUUUAAGGAGACUGUCGCCAGCAGUAAAGAGAAAAGUGAUAAUAUUGAGGAGCAACAGGAGGACUUCAGAAAAGCAAUCCCGGAAGGCAUGGAGAUGACAAAAGAUCUGGAUGGUGGUAAUACAGAAGGAAACCUGAGACACGUUAGUUCAUGUGGUGGUUUUACUGAAUAUCACAGAACCUCAUUAUCAGCACGUUCAGAGCAAAUGCACAAUAAGAGCAGGAGGACAUCGGUGGAAGAGCCUCAUCAGGCAGAUUCCAAAUCAGCCCUACUCACAGAUUGGUUACAAAGCCGGUCCUCUUAUAGAGAGCAAAUAUCUUCUGAGGAAGAUGCAUUGAAUGGUAUUGCUUCUCCUUUCAAGCCCAUCAUGGACACCACCUACUACUACUCAGCUGUUGAAAGAAAUAAUUUGAUGAGGUUGUCACAGAGCAUACCAUUCACCCCUGUGCCUCCGAGAGGUGAGCCAGUCACGGUGUAUCGUCUCGAGGAAAGCUCUCCCAGCAUCCUGAACAACAGCAUGUCUUCCUGGUCUCAGUUGGGCCUUUGUGCCAAAAUUGAAUUCCUAAGCAAGGAGGAGAUGGGAGGGGGCUUGCGGAAAGCCCUCAAGGUGGUCUGCACCUGGGCAGAGUUCGAUAUCCUGAAAUCCGGCCAUCUUUAUAUCAUCAAAUCGUUUCUUCCUGAAGUUGUCAAUACUUGGUCAAGCAUUUACAAAGAAGACACAGUGUUACAUCUCUGCUUAAGAGAAAUUCAGCAGCAGAGGGCUGCUCAGAAGCUCACGUUUGCGUUUAAUGAAAUGAAGCCUAAAUCAAUUCCGUACUCUCCCAGGUUCCUGGAAGUAUUCCUCCUGUAUUGCCACUCAGCUGGGCAGUGGUUUGCUGUGGAGGAGUGCAUGACUGGAGAGUUCAGAAAGUACAACAACAACAAUGGAGACGAAAUCAUCCCCACCAACAUGCUGGAGGAGGUCAUGUUAGCCUUCAGCCACUGGACAUACGAAUAUACCCGAGGAGAGCUGUUGGUUCUUGAUCUGCAAGGUGUUGGUGAAAAUUUGACAGACCCCUCUGUGAUUAAGGCUGGAGAAAAAAGGUCGAGCGACAUGGUGUUUGGUCCUGCAAAUCUAGGAGAAGAUGCCCUCAAAAACUUCAGAGCCAAGCAUCAUUGUAACUCAUGCUGCAGGAAACUUAAGCUUCCAGAUCUGAAAAGGAAUGACUACACCCCUGACAAGAUCCUACUGCCUCAGGACGAUUCUCCAGAACUGACCGUUUAGCCUGGGAGCUGCACCAAAGAAUCGGACUCUGCCAGCUCGAGCCACCUGAUGCUGUAACCACUGUGGACAGCUCUCGGGCUUGACUCAACCGUCUGCAGAAAUCACAGGGUUCCCUUGCCCAUCUUUUCCUGCACUGUAAUCGUCGGAACACCUCACCAGAGCGAAGGCCACAUGGAUAAGGACCGGCAAUGUGUUGAUGACCCUGGGCAGUACUCCAGCCUGUCCCUAGAGUCACUCAUAAGACGUGAGCAUCACAGGGGGAAGCUGGCAGCAGGGGAUUUGGGUUAACUUUUUUUAAAAAACAGGUUUGAUGCAAUUAAGUAUUUAUGAAAUUGCUUUUUAAAGAGGCGUUUUAGCAGAAGGAUAACUUUACAUUUUACCUUGGUCCAUGGAGGGGAUUUCUCCUUCCUUCAUCCUGUAGUGCAAUAUGCCCUUAACCAAAUGAUUUUUGGGGUGGUUUUUAUUUGUUUUUUGUUUUUUUGUUUUGAUGGUUUUAGGGCAGAUUGUGUUGGGCCUUUUUGGCAGCUGGUUUCUGUCAUUGGGCUAAAGAAAUGGGGAAAAGGCUCCCCCUGCUUUCUUCUCCUCGCAGAUACCGAAGAAUCCUCUGACCCUUCUCAGGGUGGUGGUGGUGUGGUCUUAGAUACACUCUCUUUGCUCAUGUAUGUUUUAUGUGGCACAGUGGAAUGAGGCUGCACCUGAGGAUCUGCCUGUUUUUAGUGCCAGUAAGCUGAGCUGCCGGGCACAGGAGGCAAAAAGAGGCGGCUUCUCUCCUGCAUCAGGAUUCAGCAUCAGCAGCUUGGAGCCAACUCUCAUGUGGGCUGGUUUGUGUGCAAUGAAAUCCUCUGUGUGUGUGUGUGUAGUGUUUUGUUUAAAACAAAAAUACAUUUCAGUUUCAUCAAGUCUCGCAUCAGAUAAAUAGUGAAGCCACAAGAGAAGGUGAGGGUAUAAUCACAUUAUAUAACAGAACAAAAAAGCAAAGAGACUGGUCCGAAAAAAGUUGCCUUGCAAGAUUUAAAGAGGUGUUAGGGAAGUGCUAUUUCUUGUUACAUAGUGGCUGCUUCAGAAGUUUUGCUUUCCAAAGAUCUGAAACCGGUAUAUCAGAUUCUCAAACUUGGGUCCCCAUCUGGUCUUGUACUACAACCCCAUCAUCCCUUGCCUUGCCACAAUGGCCAAAGGCAGAGCGUGAUAGGAGUUGUAGUCCAACAGAUGAUGCUGGACUACAGUUCCCAUCAUCCCGUGCUCCAGUGGCUGAAGGCAGAGCAUGAUAGGACUUGACGUCCAACAUAAUCUGCUGGACUACAACUCCCAUCAUCCCCUGCCACCAUGCUCAAAGGCAGGAGUGAUGGGAGUUGUAGUCCAGCAACAUCUAGGGGCUCAAGUAUGAGAACCCCUGCAGUAUAUGAAAGCUGAAUGUACAUGUGGACAUUUUAGGGCUGCUUCGGAUGUUAUCUUUGUAGCGUGGCAUCUGCACGAGCCUGGCGCUUUCUUGUGCUCUGGUAGCAUUGGAAGCCCCGGAGAGCAGAGGACUUGCCACGUCCUGGUUUCUGGCAGAAGCAGAGUUGGUGCACGAAGGAGCUGUGGCGUGGACUUCGAACCUCAACCUCGGUGACUCCCAAGGCACCGUACAGCUGCCCCUUUCCUGCUCCUAAAGUAACGCCUGAAGGAAGCCCGUUAGUUGUAUUUAAGAUUGUGUGGACACACCUUUAAUGUUAUGUUAUAUAUGGUACUUAUUUAAAGAAAAUAGGGUUGGAUUUACAUUAUGUAUGAACGGGAGAUUGCAAUGCAACUUUAUGCCAAUAAAAUGUAAUUUACCUGUCCUAAAUUUGUUGAAUAUUCAACGAGAAGAACCUGUUGUCCACCUGAAGUUUCAUGCUGAAACUUUUUUUUUGUUUCAUUUUGUUACAUAGGUACUAAUUGUAAUUUUUAAAUUAAAGGGCACCAUAAAGCCCAGUAAUUUUUUUUUUUAAAUUCCGUAGUGUAUCUUAUAGAUACAGACAUUAAGGCACGAACACAAUAGCUGUUUAAAUGGUGGUUUAUGUUGAUGGGGGAAGAAAAGUUUAGUGUAUAAAAGAUAUAAAACUGUAUACAUUUUGUAUAUCAAUAAAUCUUUAAGCAAUCCCAAAUAAAUUUAUUCUUGUGUAGA